UGAUGCAGGCGCCCGCGCGACGCGAUGAAUUACCGGCUUGCGAUAGGGAAAAGAAAGUCAUUAAGUACGAAACGAACCUUCACAAAGCAUCGUUACACGCACGUUCAGCGCAUUCGUUGAAAGGGUGAGCUCAUUUUGCGCAGUUAUUACAUAAACCGGCGCAUCGGCACUGAGGUUCGAGCGGGAUCGAUACGUCCAGCAUGGUAGCGCCGUGGAUGGCCGCAUUUCAACGACUGCUUCACGUCCGCGGAAAUUCUGUGCCAGCUGCCGCGAUGAACUGUUCGUUCUGCGUCCAAAACUGUCUUUGACUGGUGCCUGCCCGGCGACCUCUGUAAGGAAACGCUUCCUGGCUCUCUUAAUGAGGGAUACCGCGAAGAUGGAAUCCAUCUGGACCCGAUGCCUGCCGGCGUCCGUGAACAGACAGCUGCUACUGCUGAAGGCGCACUUCUUUCUCUACAUCGCAGGACAAGUUUGCGUGUCCCCCUACCUGGCCGUGAUCGGUCGACAGAAUGGCAUCAACGCCGCCACGAUCGCUAUCAUCUUCUCACUGACGCCACUGACCGCUGUCAUCGUAAAACCCGUCUGCGGAUUCGUCAUCGAUCGGACGCAAAACGCCACCGCUGUCAUAGCCUUCCUUCAAGUCGUCUUGGUCAUCUUCCACGGGAUUGUAUUCUUCAGCUCCAGUAUCAAGGCCCAGACCGAUACUUCGUUCACGGGUUACCUAAACUGCAGCUCUAGUCAGCUCGUGAUAUCGAACUCAAGCUCUGCCUAUUGCGUCGUCUCCGGUGCUCGCGAAAGCUCUCCGCUUCCCUGCAACCUGACAGUGUUCGAAGACAGCCGCUCAGUGCGCGUCAACGUCACCGGCGCUUCGGACACCCUGGUUAAUUUAAAAGGCGUGUCUAACGUAUGCGACAACGCUUCCGUUAACGGGAACGUUGCCAAUGAAACCUACGCCGACCUGCGUUGCCCGUGCGAUACCACUCUGUACAACGGCAAUUUCUGGAUCUACACCGUAUCAGUCGUUGUCUCGUGGGUGUCCUCGGCAACCCUGUACACCGUUACGGACGCUGCCGUGUGUGAGCUGCUGGGCGACAACGUGAAGGCCUUCGGUCGCCAGCGUGUCUGGGGCACCAUAAGUUGGGGCAUUGUGAGCCCAUUGAUUGGAAUAAUGAUAUACGAAGCCAGUAACACCUCCUACACGGACUACAAGCCGGGCAUUUACGUCUUCGCGGUCCUCAUGGUCUUGGACAUACUCAUUCUACUGCGCAUGCCCCGCUUGCGUACGGCAGACCUCUCCCUCAACUUGUUCAAGGACGUUGCCACCCUGUUCUGCAACGCCGAGAUAUUGCUCUUCACCGCGUGGACAUUCAUAGCGGGUGCGCUGAGCGGUGUCCUCUGGUCUUUCAGCACGUGGUACCUGGAAGAUCUUCACGCUUCUAAGCUGAUGAUCGGCCUUAGCAACGCGGUCAUGACCUUGUGCGUCGAGGUUCCGUUCUUCUUCGUCUCGACCACAAUACUCGAGUGGAUAGGGUACUUCUUUUCGUACUCGGCGGCUUUCCUAACGUUCACGAUCAAGUUCAUCGGCUACUCGUACCUCGUCAACCCCUGGUACGGGCUCAUCGUGGAUAUCCCAGGUGGCGCCAUCUAUCCUCUAACCUACUACGCCAUGACUAUGUUCGCCAAGCGGGCUGCCACUCCUGGGACGACAGCCACGAUGAUGUGCAUCUUGAGCUCGAUAUUGGAAGGUCUCGGCAUUGCAGCCGGCAACAUGCUGGGUGGAAUGAGCAUCGACAAGAUUGGCGCUCGGCUGACAUUCCGCUACCUUGGCUACACUCCUCGUGCAGGGGCUACACCCCAAUCCGAGAAGUUCCACCUGGCCAGGGCCAAGGGUCACGAGCCGAUGAAGAACGGUAGUGCCCGCAUGUGCGACAGUGCCGCCAACAACGAAUGUGUCGAACUCACUUACUUCUGA